AUGGCUGACUUUCUAAGUGUUGUCCCCGAAGUAUGCUCAACUUACGAGUCUCGGCAGUUUGUGGUGGAUAAACACCUCACUCAAAUUCGAAAUGAGUUUGUGAGCCUCUACGCAAGGGAGACCGAAUAUCGUCAACGCGUAGAAGAACUUACAAGAGAUCGGGAUGCAUUCAAAGUUCUGUAUAAUUCUGCUGAGAAGAGCAAAGAGGAGAUGAUGUCGAGGCUCAUUGCCGACAAGAAACAAGCUGAAAGGGAGAAGGUUGAACUCAACAAUCAGAUAAUGACUCUACGCGGCUUGGAGAACCGCGUGGUUUGUCUCAUUGACGGCGAUGGCACCAUCUUCGCACCUAGCCUCCUCGCUCAAGGCCGGGAAGGCGGCCGUGCAGCUGCGAGACAGCUGACGGAAUCGAUUCACAAAUAUUUGUCGGAAUUAAACCAGUUCCACGAAGCUCAGCUCUGGGUCUAUGUAUUUUUCAACAAGUCUGGAUUGUUGGGGACCUUGCAGCGGGUCGGCCUCCGCGACGAGGCUCAGAGUUUUGAAGAGUUCAUGAUAGGAUUUAACCAAGCUGGCGAACGAUUCCUCAUGGUCGAUGUCGGAAACGCCAAAGAAGCCGCCGACGCCAAGAUCAGAGUAUAUCUCGAAGACAACAUCCGUAUGCCCCAGACAUGGAAACUGAUUUUCGGAGGCUGUCACGAUAAUGGAUAUGUUACGAGCCUUGCUAGCGCAAUGACCGCGGGCUUUCGCGAAAAGUUGAUAUUGCUGCCUGGAUAUACAGAAAUGGCCGCGGGCAUUGAGGAGUUACGCUUGCCUGCGAUCAAGGUGCCCGACCUCUUUAUGACAGAUAAGAUGCGUUGUGGCCGCUCGCCAUCACCACCGGGAGCCAACCCGGCACGCUCGCCAUCUCCGCCUUUGAACAACACCGCAAACACCCCGUCCGAGCCGCCCGGUCUACCGAGCCUCAACGCAGCAGCGGCAGUCUUCGUAUCGUCGCUGGCCGUCGCGACGUCCGUUCCACUGCCAGAAGACACGGACGACGUUGCCGGUACCGUGGCCGAACCGAGCAAAGAGAUCGCAACAGCCGAAGUACCUGCGAUUGGACGUCCGCCGCUGCCGAGCUACAAGUCCGCCCUGCAGAGCGUUCAGACCUUCGGAAGUCGACCUUCUACUCCCGAUUUGGAUCCGGUCGGGAGUAGUGGCUCAAGCGAUUCCGGGUUGUCCAGUGCCUCCAAGGCCAACCCCAGGCGUUCCUCGACGUUGUCAGCGGGCAGACGUGUUAACUCCAAUAUUCCGUUGUCUAAGCACGAUCCUCCUCCCUGCACUCUGUUCUACCUCGCGUCUUGCAAGUACGGCGCGAACUGUAUUUACGCUCAUGACUACCUUCUCGAGGACGAGCAUUAUGCUACCAUGCGGCAGAAUGCGAAGAAAUCGCCGUGCCCCGCAGUGAACAGGAAUGAAAUAUGCACCUUUGGGGAUGAUUGUCUCUACGGCCACAAAUGCCCAAUGGCGCCGAGAUGUCACUUCUUAAAGCAAGGCAAUUGCAAGUUCACAGGAGCGGGUAUGCACCGCGAUGUCUGA